AACCUGUCUCACAGUUUUUUCAUCCGCUUACCUCGCAACGCGGUUCGCGGCGACGAACGCGGUGUCUCGACGUCGUGCUACUUUCGUGCGAGCGAAAGCGCUACCUGAUCUUUGGAGGAGCGAAUCAAGUUGACGAUAGUGAUCGCGUUUUCGACUUUAUUAUCAGCGAAGAUAAUACGCGUUCACUGUGGACAAGUUGAUUGCGGACGCGAACUGGAGCGGAUCAACUGGAGCGACCGCAAGCAGAAGAUGGUUUCUUUUCCACGUGCAGCUACUGGAAUCGUAUCUUUGUCGCAAAACUGCAUCGUUCGGGUUCAAGUGCGGCUGAGCAUCGAGUACGCUAGAUGAGAAAAUUCCACCAGCGGCAGGACCAGAUAGCAAACGAGAGAGGGAAGAGAGAGAGAGAGGGAGAGAGAGAAGAGAGGAGAGAAUGAGAGGGAGGGUACCCAGGUUCACGUUUACGCACCUGCUCCUCAUACCACGUCCCUACCUAAACCUCCUGCGUUCAACCUGCGCGGCAUCGCCUCAUAGGCACUGGUAGAUAGGAUACCGGCGAACCCCCGUGCACGUCCUCGGUCUACCCUUUCCCCUUUCUCUGUCAUACUACUGAUCGGUCCUACUCCGGCAGCCGCGAGCCGGCCGGAACUCGCCUCUGUCGCACCAAAGGCAACUCUAGAGCGAGGCAAUCGCGACGCAGCAUCCAGCAGCAGCGCUACUAGCGGCAGGCAAACGGAAAGACUCCCAGGCAAGUCGCCCUGGUGGAUAGGUGUGCACCGGUGUGUGUCACGUAUGUGAGCCGUGUAUGUGAACUGGCUUGCGUGGGUGUGCGUCGAGAAGCUUACCUGGCGGCGUCCGACACGCAGUAACCCGCGCGCUCCUUCGCGUUUCCUCCCGCAGGAAAGAGCGUCGCGCGUCGCGCGUAUCCGCUUUUGUGAUCGUUCUGCGGAAUCCUGCUGCUGCUGUUGCUACUGCUGUUGCUGCUGCCGCUCCUGCUGUUGCUCCUGCUCCUACUGCUUCCGAGGAAUCCGACCUUGGAGGAAAGAAACGCGUUAACGCGCGCGCGGGCUCUUUCGCGGUUCUCUGGAAUCGGAGAUCGAAGCUGUGUGUGCGGGAUUAGAAAUGCGACCGAAAGGAAUGCACUGCUUCUUAAAACACGACGUCACGCUGGUGUAAUGAGUGUUUACGUGUUUGCGCGAAGGAAGAUAAACGGGUGAUACGAGCACCAGGAAAAAGACACCCGCAAAGCCCGUCAUCGUUUCAGAGUAGAUGUGUUCUCGGAGAUUCGACGGAUGCUUCCGCCACUGAUCAUCGGAUCGUCGGCCAAUAACGGAUUUUGGGCGGAGGAGAUGCAUCGGUGGUUCGUCGGAAGAAAAUAAAACGGAGACCUGGGGGGCCUCUCCGUCGACCUUCUCCAGGUGCAUUCAAGAUGCCGACCGACAUCGUAGUUACGUCGGCCUCAGCCACAGUCUCGGAAGAGACGGGCAGAGGUCGAGAUCUGGGUCUCGGACCGUCUGCAAGGUCAGGUUCCUCUUCCACGGCCUCUUCCUCCGGUUCUGGCACAGCGUCCACAUCGAGAGGAUUCGAUCCAGCCGGUACCCUCGCCGCUUAUCAUCACCAUCGUCACAGCUUGGUGACCGGUCUGGGUCACGCUCAUCAUCGCGAAUCGUCAGCCUUCGUACCCGUGGUACCUUCGAGGUUACAUUUGACACCCUAUCCAGGUGAAAUGCAUCCCCAUUUACCCGGACCACCGCCUUCCUCAUCAUCGACGGCGAAUUCGGAGCACGAGGUCGGCUCCGAAUCUUCAGUGGCUCGCAAGAGUUCCUCGAGUUACGAGAUCAUGGCUAUGAUGGCUGACAAGAGGAAGGAAUUGGCAGCAAGGGCACUUUUACUACCGCCUCCUCCUCUUCUGGAGCCUCCUCCCGGUUAUCCAGUCUUUGCCGGACCUUUUCCUGGUAGUUCCGCUUUGUAUCCUCCGGGUGGUCCAUUAGCUCACCAGCAUCUAGAUCGAAGACUACUUCGAGCACCCGGCAGAGCGUCAAGGCCGAAGAAACAAUUCAUUUGUAAAUUCUGUAAUCGACAGUUUACAAAGUCGUACAAUCUUCUCAUUCACGAAAGAACUCACACCGACGAAAGGCCGUACUCAUGCGACAUUUGCGGCAAGGCGUUCAGAAGGCAGGAUCAUCUUAGAGAUCACAGGUAUAUCCACAGCAAGGAGAAACCCUUCAAAUGCGGCGAAUGUGGUAAGGGCUUCUGUCAGAGUCGUACUCUCGCGGUUCACAAGAUCCUGCACAUGGAGGAAUCCCCGCACAAGUGUCCGGUCUGCGCGAGGAGCUUUAAUCAGCGCAGCAAUCUCAAGACGCACCUGUUAACGCAUACGGAUCACAAGCCGUACGAGUGUACGUCAUGCGGUAAGGUGUUUCGCAGAAACUGCGAUCUCAGACGACAUGCAUUGACACACGCCGUGGGCGAUGUUCCACCAGAGGCGCUGGAAGAAGCGCUCAGAGAGGAUGACAGUCCCGAGGAAGAUUGUCCCGAGCCAGGACCGUCAGCCUCCUCGACGACAUCCACGACGCCGUCCAUACCUCCAGCGUCCAGCUCGAGCUCGUCCGGAUAUCCUUCUCAAGGAUCGUCAGCGCCGCCAUCCGCAACCACGGCAUCAUCGGCCGCGCCGCCUCUUCCUCAGAGACCUCAGCUUCAGAUCAGGAGAGAUCUGUUGCCUGCCGUGAAACCGUCCACGGUGACCAGUGGUGGCAAUUCUCACUCGGUCACCCAGAAUCCACCUGCCGCUCUUCCACCACCGCCACCGCUAAUUCUCACUUCUUAUCGACGAAGAAUCGGCUCUCCAGGUCCGUCCAGAGUGCUCUUGGAGCUUCAAGAGCGCGAGCGCGAGAGAGAACGCGAGAUUGAGCAGACUCGAGAGAGGGAACGUAACAGGGAACGCGACAAGGAAGUGAUCAGACCGCCUAGAGCACCGACACCUCAGCCACCGCCACCACCGCCCAGACCUACGCCAGCACGUCAGGGCUUCACGAUCGCGGAUAUAAUGGGCCGAUAGGAAGUCGAUCGCACAUGUCGCACAGGUAGUUUUCCUGUUUCUAGAUUGAAUGAGAGAGAAGUCACGGGCACUACGCGAGAGGAGUAACCGAUCUUCGUGAAGAGUAAAGUCUUUCUGAACGAUCCGCGAGUUGCGGAUUGUAAUAUUUUUUCAAACAUGUCAAAUUAUUAUGGCCGACGCGUUCAAUGUACGCGAGAGGAGAACACAAAAAAUGCUUUAAAGAGACCCUUGUAACUCUCUUUUUAAGGACCAACGCGUGCGUGAUUCUAAAAUAGUUGUUAGAUUCAAGAAGCUUGACCUUUUCAUUCAUAGUGUUGUCACGCAUUUUUCAAUGCGUGCUAGUAUUACAUCAGUUUUAGUUACAUCAGUUUGGAUUUUCGCAUGCGAUAAUGCGCAUGUAAAAGAUAUAUAAAAUUAUUUCCUGAAAAUGAAACAACUUACCUUGACAUCCUUCGAGAAGCAGCUUCCUAGGAAUGAAACGGUUAAGCAAACGCAUACCAAAAAUGUGCCUUAAUAGUCCGUUCGAGAGAGUACUCGAAUUAAAGAGAGGUGCUCGCGCGUUUCGCGCAAACUUGCAAUUUUGUUUGCGAUAAUUGUUCGCGAUAACGAUGCAACAGGGAGGAGUUCAGGGGAUCCUAAGGAAAGGCGAAAUUGUGAGAUUGUCGCCGCAUCCGUACUCUUUUGUCUCCCGCCGAGAGACGUCGGGAGCCAAGAAGAUGAUGCAAAUUUUGUGGUUGGGGUAACAACCUGUGCCACUGUGGCAGGUGCAAUAAGCUUUGUACCUGCUCGAUCCGCGCGCGGAAUACCUGCUCCUGCUUCUGCUCCUGCUUUUCCCUUCUAAAAAUAUUCCGACCCUACACACGAAUGCCAUCGAUAUUUUUUUUUCUCCCCCUCAUCCUUCCUCGCCCCUUCGCCACCGUCACGGCGAAGAAGCAUUAAUGGUCCUUUUGUAAGACCUAGAGUGUACUCCGUCCGACCGCAGAGACGAUCCUUUUGGCCUUUGCGCCGGCACACAAAGGUAUACCUUCUUUUCGGUGGAUCUCGAAGAAUCCAUAUACGAGAGCGAGCGUUGCUAUAUUAUAAAAUAGUUUAUUGUUUUCAAAGUGUCUAUUGUGUAAUGAAAUUAUAUUUUGGAUGUUUAUGCGAUUCGAUCGACUGUGCGCUAACACUGUGUCGCGGCUGAAAGGGAACAAUUGAAUACGCAAAAUGAAUAUAUUUUACACUCGAGGUUGUAAUUACCAACAUCGUCAUUUCAUAAUAAUCCGUUAUAAAUAACAGGAUAUUGACUUUUUCUUAUACUUAACAAAUGAAAAUUUACACUGACGUAUUAUAUUUUAAAGAAUAAACGACUGUUUUCACAACGCAUCGUUUUGACCGAUAUUACUCGAGAUAAAUUAAAUUAAAUUUAAACGAUUUCUAUGUUUCUUGUGCGUAUACACGAUAUGCACAUGUAUACACGUGUAUAUACGUAUGGAAUUGCGAUCGUAAAGUGAAGCAAAAUGUAAUAACGUACAUUAUCACUUAAUUUUACUUUGUUCUUUUCGUUUAAGUUAAUUUAAUUUAUUUUCAAGUUAUUUUAAGCGAAAUGAGACGUUGUGACGAAAACUCUGUGUAUUUAUCAAUACCUGACACGUAUUGUCUCACGUACAUUCGCUACUCGGAUAGUCGAAUAAGGGUAUACGAGACUGUCUGCGUAAUGUUUUAUACAUGUAAUAAUAACAAUGUAAUUAUACGUGUUAUGAUAGAUCUUUACAAAAUUCCAAAGCAUUCAAAAUUUCAACCUUUUAUUGUUAAUUGGAACUCGGAUGAAAUAAUUAAUAUCAACGAUAAAUUGUAGGUAUCACAUGUUCAAUUUACGAUUACUUUACGUACAAAAGUUUUCGGUGAAAUUAUACGUCCAUUUGAAAGCGAUUCAGAUUGUCUAGACUUUGUUAAUGGUAGCAAUUUAUAUUUUAAGACGAGGAUGUAAUUCUUUAUGUAUAUGUGCGUAUCUAGUAGGAAAAAAUGAGAUUUUGCGUGCAUGAGAAAGCAAAGUGUGCAAAAAAGCGCGGGAGAGGAAAAGAAGAAGAAAACGAAAAUACAAUGAGAACAAACGUGUAUGUAAGAUGAAAUAAGAGACAUUUGAUUGUGUUUUGCGACACGCCACUAAUGUAUAGUGAUACAUAUAAUGUACAAUAUACUAUGUACAACGAGAGCCGUCUGCAUCGUAAAUUGCAAAUGUGCGAACGAUCAAUCUCCUGUUAUUUUCCAUGUUUUAUCAGAUUAUACUGUACAAGUAUCUAUAUUUUUAGAUUUAUAUGAGAGUUAAGCAACUUUGUAAAUUAUAUUAAGAAAGAUGAAA